AAGCGUACUCAGCCUGGUACGCCAGCUGAAGCCUAGAAUGAUUGGAUAGCGUAGACCUCAUGGAAGUGGACGAUCUGGAAACCAGGCCGGUAGCUGGGCCAAGGCCCAUCCAGCAGCUCAGUCAGGACGUCGUGAACAAGAUUGCAGCUGCAGAGAUCAUACACAGACCUUCCAACGCUAUCAAGGAAUUGCUCGAAAACUCGCUUGAUGCGGGAAGCACCAGCAUCAAGGUUACGGCCAAGGAUGGCGGUCUCAAGAGCAUGAUGAUCACCGAUAACGGGCAUGGUAUCAGGAAAGAAGAUCUCCCGCUAUUAUGCCAGCGAUUCGCUACAUCGAAACUACGCGCCUUCUCCGACUUGCAAUCGCUCAACACUUAUGGAUUCCGGGGAGAAGCGCUGGCCAGUAUCAGUUUCGUCAGCAGGGUCAGCGUGAUCACGAAGACCGCUCAAGAACCGACUGGUUGGAAGGCGCAUUAUAGCCAGGGAAAGCUCGUCGCGCCAAAUAGAGUGGGAUCGGCCGAUCCGAGACCUUCUGCUGCCAACCAGGGUACCAUCAUCACCGCAGAAGACCUUUUCUACGACGUUCCGUUAAGGAGGAAGAGCUUCAAAUCGGGAGCGGACGAAUACAACAGGAUCAUCGAUGUCGUGACGAGGUAUGCGGUGCAUAACCCGCACGUCGCUUGGGUUUGCAAGAAGCAUGGUACCAAUCAGCCGGAAGUCUCAACUGCAUCCGGCUCGAAUUGUUUGAGCAAUAUCGGCUUAUUGUACGGUUCAGCCCUCUCGAGGGAACUCCUUGCGUUCGGUCCGGCUGAGGAUAAAAAGUUUGGGAUCGUCAAGGUCCACGGGUAUGCGAGCGGGGCGGGGCACAAUGGCAAGAAGGGAAUCUUGUUGUUGUUCAUCAACAAUCGAUUGGUGGAAUCAAACAAGUUUAGGAAAGCGAUCGAGGCGCUGUAUACCGCCUUCUUACCCAAGGGCUCGUACCCGUUCGUGUAUCUCAGCUUGGAGAUCGAGCCACAUCGUGUUGACGUCAAUGUGCAUCCGACCAAGUCCGAGGUUCACUUCUUGGACGAAGAUGCCGUUGUCGAGCUGGUGAUGAAUGAGAUCUCGAAGGCUUUAGCAAACGCCAACGCCUCAAGAAGCUAUAGCGUCCAAACUUUGUUGCCCGGGGCCUCCGAGCCGAAUGUCAAGCCAGUCGAGCGCGAUAUAGGCAAGUCAACUAAGGAUCUGCCCCGAGUCGGACCAAAAACAGUGGCACCCCAGCACAAGGUCCGCAUUGACCCAUCGGAUCGGAAAUUGGAAUCGAUGUCGCAGUUCGCCAAGCGGAAUCCUGACGAGAUGGAUUCUGCUCAAACGAAAAGGCGUAAGACGGCGGACGGGAUGUUCAGCCAGGGUUUGACGGUCACGGCACAGGCGGGUUCCAUCGCGCCAGAAGUGCAGAUCGUAGAUUUAGAAGACGAAGAGGAUGACAUCGGCUUGAGCAGGAAUAUUAUCGAAACAACAACGAGUCUGAAGAGCAUCAAGAAAUUGAGGCAGUUGGUCGAGAAGAAUGGAGACGCUAGAAUUGAUGCGAUCUUUGCUAAGCACAAAUUCGUCGGAGUCACAGAUACGACCACUCACGCCUUGAUUCAAUACGAAACCAAGCUAUACAUGAUACAUUAUGGACACUUUGCGCGAGAGCUGUUUUACCACUUAGGCCUGCGUCAGUUCGGGGCCUACGGGUGCGAGAUUCUCGAACCCGCCCUGGAUAUCCGAGAACUGCUGAGGAUCGCGGUAGACGCGGAGGAAGAACUGGUGGAAGCGGGACUUGACCCCGAAGAUAUCAUAGAGUCAACGACGAACCUCCUGGUGGAGCGAAAAGAGAUGUUGGAAGAAUACUUUUCAAUGAAAAUCGAUGACCAGGGCCGCCUUGUAUCUCUGCCCACCUUGUUGCCUGGUUACAGCCCGCCGGUUGAACAUCUGCCGUUCUUCAUGUUGUGUCUCGGCCAACGAGUCGACUGGAAUGCAGAGCAAGCAUGCUUCGACACCUUUCUACGCGAGCUGGCACGAUUUUACGCACCGUCCGCUCUUCACGACACGAGCCCUACUUCCGAGCAAGACGACGCCGAAAUGCCUGCCGACGAUAUUGAUACGACUCAGCAGCAACGAAACAAUAACGCCCACGAAUUUGCGAGGCAUCAAUUGGAACACGUCCUGUUCCCGGCGAUGCGUCGAUACGCCAAGUUUCCGAAAGAUUCCAUCAAGCACAUCACCGAAUUAGCCGAUGUCAAGGCUUUGUACCGAAUAUUCGAACGUUGCUGAUCAGCGGUCGAUCAGAUUUACGUCAUGUCA